GUGUGAGUGCUCCCGCUCCUGCUGCUGCUGCUGCUGCUACUGCUGCUGCUGCUUGUCACUCAUUGUUGCGCGCACACGGGCAGCGACAAGGAGCACCGAGCGAAAUCCGCCCGCUGGCUGUUGUUGUUUACCAGCAUUUUAAUAAACGAGGAGAAUAUCAGUUGAGUCGCUGUUAAAGAUGCUUCAAAUAAGGGACAUCCUCUGUGGAUUCCUUUACAUCGCCUGCGCAGCUGCCAUCCAGGUGCAGGUGACUCCAACACACAGGGAGAUCAGUGUGGGAGAGUCCAAGUUUUUCCUCUGUGAAGUGGUGGGAGAUGCUAAAGACAUAGACUGGUUUGCACCCAAUGGGGAAAAGAUCCUGCCGAACAACCCCAACAUCCAAGUGAGCCGCAACGACGAAACCACCUCCACCCUCACCAUCUACCACGCCGACGUGGACCACGCUGGCAUCUACAAGUGCGUGGCGAAGAACGGCGACAAGGAGGCCCAGGCCACGGUCCAAGUCAAGAUCUUCCAAAAGAUCACCUUCAAGAAUGUUCCCAGCCCGCAGGAGUUCAACGAGGGCGAUGAUGCCGACAUCAUCUGCGAUGUGGUCGGUUCGCCGGUGCCCUUCAUCCUUUGGAAGCAUAAAGGUGCCAGGAUCCAGGUCAACAAAGACGUGCGAUACAACGUGAUGGAGAACGGCCACCUGCUGAUCCGCGGCAUCAAGAAGACCGACGAGGGAGCGUACAACUGUGAGGCACGCGUGAUGGAGACGGGAGAGAUCAACUUCAAAAUAAUCAACGUCGUCGUUAACGUCCUUCCGACCAUUCGCGCCAGGCAGACCGAGGUCAACGCCACGGCCGACACGGGCGGCUCCACCCUCUUGGCCUGCGACGCCGAUGGCUUCCCCGAACCCACCGUCACAUGGACCUACAACAACGUCAUCCUUGAGUCAGGCGAUAAGUACAGUCUGAAUGAGGACGGCUCCGAGCUGGUGAUAAAAGAUGUCAUCAAAGUGGAUGAAGGAGAUUACACCUGCAUAGCCAGGAACAAGGCGGGCAAAAUGAGCCAGGAAGUCAGUCUCAAUGUGUUCGUGCAAGCUAAGAUUACUUACCUGAACAACCAGACGGCGAUCGAGUUCGACGAGGAAGUCACCCUUACCUGCGAGGCCUCGGGUGACCCGACGCCCUCCAUCUCCUGGAGCUUCCAAAACAGGAUGUUCUCCGAAGGCGAGCAGGCUUCGUGGACGCGACCCGACCAAUACGAGAGCCACGACAGAAACAUCGUGGUGCGCAGCCACGCCCGGGUGUCAUCCCUCCUCUUGAAAAACGUUGACUUCACGUACGCUGGACAGUACCUGUGCACCGCCAGCAACUCCAUUGGUCAGGACAACCAGCCCGUGUACCUGGAGGUUCGCUACGCUCCAAAGAUUAUGGGAGUGGUUACGGUGUACACGUGGGAGGGAAACCCGGCCAACAUCAGCUGCGAGGUGGAGGCCCACCCCGGAGCUUCUGUCACCUGGUUCCGAGACGGCCUCCAGGUACCCUCUGACAACACCACCAAUGUGAAGCGCUAUAGCACCCCGAGCAUCAGCUACUUGGAGGUUUUCCCUGAAUCUCAUAGUGACUUUGGAAGCUACAACUGCACAGCAACCAACGUGAUGGGUAUCGAGUCCAAGGAGUUUCUCCUCAUCCAAGCAGAGGUGCCAUCAUCGCCAGAGAUCCAACGACUGGAGCCUUUCUCCAGCUCUGCUGUGGUGGAGUUUGAUGAGCCAGACUCUUCCGGAGGAGUGCCCAUUAUCAAAUAUCGGGUAGAAUGGCGCUUGGACGGCCAGGACUGGACUGGAAAGGAGUACGACGCCACAGAAGACUUGACCAAGAUCACCAUUGUCGGCCUGAUGCCAAACACGAUCUACGAGGUCAAAAUGUCCGCCAUCAAUGGCAAAGGAGAAGGCGAGAGCAGCGCCGCCGUCAAGUUCAAGACCGGACCAAUCCGCCUUUCUUUCACACGGGAACCCAGCGCUCCGAAACUGGAGGCCAUGGUCCAAAAUCAGGGCAACGCUCUUAAGGUCAACUGGAUCAAGCAGGACGACGGCGGCUCCCCGAUUAAGCAUUACCUGGUCCGAUACAAGGCUAAGCAUGUGUCCGACUGGAAACCCGAGAUCCGCAUGCCGCGCGGCAGCGAGUAUGUGGUCCUGAGCGAGCUGGACUGGAAUACGGAGUACGAGGUCCGUAUUGUGGCCGUGAACCAGAAGGGCAAGUCCGAGGCCGGCGUUCUGUCGUUCAGAACGGCCACAGAACCCACCACCGUGCCAGGCACGUCCGGCUCGGGCAUGAGCACGGGCGCCAUCGUGGGCAUCCUCAUCGUGGUCUUCUUCGUGCUGCUGGUGGCCGUGGACCUCACCUGCUUUUUCCUCAACAAGUGCGGCCUCCUCAUGUGCAUCGCCGUCAACUUCUGCGGGAAGUCCGGCCCGGGCGCAAAGAGCAAGGACAUCGAGGAGGGCAAGGCCGCCUUCACGAAGGAUGAGUCCAAGGAGCCCAUCGUGGAGGUGAGGACGGAGGAGGAGCCAACACAGAACCAGGAGGGAGUCGUAGCCACGGAGCCCAGCGAGACCACGCCUCUGACGGGACCUGAGCCCGCCGCCGCUGACAUCGCCCCUUCGGCGGUAAACGUGCAUCCCUCCAAUGCUACUAAUUCGGUCGUGGAGAGCUUUAGGGCGGUGCAGAACAGCCCGGCUUGCGCCCGCAGCCCCUCCAAAGACCACCCCCCGAAAAGCAUCCCCGCCGCACGGUCGGGUGCGGUCGAAAGCCGACCCGAAGUCGGCCCGCUGGUCGACCUGAGCGACGUCCCUAAAGCCGCCCUCGCCUCAGAGCCGGUCAGCGCUAACGGCGACGGGCCGCGGAAGCAGCGUGAGGCCCCCGAGAGCCCCCCAAGUCAAGUAGACGGCUUGACUAAGGACUCGUCUCACGUCACAGAUGCCACCACGCACCCCCAAAAUGACGGGAAAACGAAGGACGACGUCAAGACGGAGGCGAACGACACCGCGGCCGAGGUGAAGACGGUCCCCAACGAGGCGCCCCAGACCAACGGCAACGAGAGCAAAGCGUAAUCGGGAAGACCCAGAGGGUCGGGGUUGUUUUUUGAGGGUCAAAGUGGGUGGGCGGGGUGGUUGGUGGGUUUUAGGGUCACAGUCACUGAAACCUCGACAUCAUUUUCUCACGGCAAGCCCGCCAUCCCAACGGAAAAGAAAAACGGUAAAACAGUCAUGAAAUGGGUUCUAGUGUCUUUUGGUGUCUUUGGACCAACAAAAUGUAAAAGACUUUGUGGCCUUAGGUCGUUUUUAAAAAGAAACAGUUCUAGUCAAUUGCCCUCUCGCAGGAAUGAGUGUUAGGGCCACGCAGAAAUGGGGACAAAAAACAAAAAAAAGAAAAUCGUCCAAAAAAAAAAGUAAAAGUGAAAAAACUGUUUGUAACGUUACAGGAAUAAAAUCCUCAUUUUGCAAGUUGUAGUACCGUGAGGAGGAAAAAAAGUCGCAAUCUUACAAGAAUAAAUAUAAUGUAUAAUGUCACAGAAACGUCAGCAUAAGGGAAAGUCACAAUUUUACGAGAUGAACGUUGUAAUAUCACAAGUAAGAAGUUAUCAUUUUACAAGAAGACUAAAGUUGCAAUAUGUUUAAGUUGUAGUAGGUCGCUAAAAAAAUAAGUUGUCAUUGUACAAGAAAAAGCGCAAUUUUACAGUGGAAAAAAAUGGUGAAUUUAUGAGAACAUAUUUCUAAUACCACAAGAAAGACGUCAUUUUACAAGAAAUAGCGCAAUUUUACGAGGAAUAAUAGUAUACAAGACUGAAGUUGUAACAUCACACGAUAAGUCAUCCAAAAUUAUGGGAAUAAAUAGUAAUUUCACAACAAUAAACUUCAAAGAAAAAUUUAGUAAUUUGCACGAAGAUUAAGUAACAUUCUGUAAAGAAAUUGUGAGGCUAUGAAACUAAAUUUAAGUAAUUUACCGAGAAUGUCUUAAUUUUAUGAAAUUGAAGCUAAACUCCCUUCUUGUGAUAGUCCGAUAAAAAAAAGUUGUAAUGUCAUAAGAAUGGUAAACAAACCAAAAUAUUUUUACAAAAAAUAGCGCAAUUUUACGUGAAAAAAAUGGUACAUUUACAAGAUUACAUUUGUAACAUCACAAGAAAAAAAGUCGACAUUUUGCAAUAAAAAGUUAUAAUUAUUUCUGAAAAAGUCCGAAUUUUACAAGUUUUAACUUGUACUAUAUCGCAAAAACAAAGUUGUCAAAUUGUCAUUUUGGAAGGGGUGGGUGGGGGGAAAUCACAAUUUUAUGCGAAAGAGGUUGUAAAUUUAUGAGAACAAAGCUAAUAUCCCAAGAAAAAACGUUUUUAAGUCAAUUUUACAAGAAUAAAAAUGAGCAGGGAAAAAUGCGACUUCUUAUUAUCUUAUUUAAAAUAUUUUCAUAUAAUUUCGUAAUGUUACAAAAAAAAAACCAUUUUCAUCAUUUUCAUUUUGUCAUGUUUUUUUCUUGUGAAAGCCUUGUUCGUAAUAUUACAAACUCGGGUCUCGUAACAUGGCGACUUUCUCGCUGAGCUAUUCCGUCUUUUUCCACGUGUUUAUUAUUUAAUUUUUCCGUUCUGCGUGGCCCUGUAACGCUCUUUCGCACCAUCACAGAUACGAACUAGAUCCUGUAUAAUUUGACUCUGUUGGACUGUAGCUUUACUUCACAGAUAAUUGCCUUCACGUAAAAAACGCGUUGCCGUAUUCACGCGAUUCGUGUGACUUGGGAUUGUGGCUCUUUAUUGCCCAUCUGUUGUUGUGUUAAUGAAUUAUGUGCAGACAUUAUUGCCUAUUUAGCUUUUUUUUUUCUUUUUUUUUUUUAGUGUUUUGUUUGCCAACUUUAGUAAUUAGUGUUAGCAUGCCUGUUUCUUUGGGGGGGUUUGUUUGUUGUUGUUUUUUUUUGCAAAAUUACUGUAUUUCUGUACAUGUUGCUGUCAUUGGGUUCUUAUUGUGAUAAUGUUAUUAUAAUGAAGUUUUUUUUUUCCCAAGGAUUCCGACAAAGUAUGAUUCAAUUAGAAAAGAUGAUGCUUACAUGAUGAGAAAAAGAAGGCGAUAUGGGAGAACGUUGUUGUAGUUCAUGUUGCCUAAAAAAAAAAAAGACAAAAAUCUGCGCUAGUGCAACUCUUGACAUAUGGCGUCCAUACUUAAUACAGUAUAAAAGGACCUUGGAUUUGCAAAGUUCGGGUUUUUCUGUGACGUGUUUUCUGCCAAAACAUUUCACUGACACCGCCAUUCAGUUUCCGACGUCGGAUUUCUACGAUCACGUUUUUGAAUUUUUGUUGCGUCAGCUCCGUCCACCGACUUGUUAUUUGGUUCCGAACUUGGAUUUGCUGUGGCUAUCUCCUCUGACGCACAUUAUUAACAUCUUGCUAACUUCGGGCAACCAAGCUGUUGUUUUUUUGUUGUUUUUCUACAUGCCUGCAGUGACGUGACAUGUAUUUUUUGAUUAGUGUGGUUGGCCCUUGCGUUCACAAAUAUUGAUUAUCUUCAGACGCAACGCGUUAAUUUAAAAAGUAAACAAUUUGGGGGUUUUGUUUAAAACACGAUAAAUAAAUCAUCCCUGAGAACGCAGAGCAAACCAUGUAGCCGCACAUUUUUUAUUUUUUUUUAAUUUAUCCCUAAAAUAAAAACAAUCUUUUGUUGUCUUUCAGAUAAGAAAAAUUCCUAAAUUUAGCAAAGCAUGGUAUUCAAUAGAGAGCGGUGAAAUGGCAAAAUUUGUAAAUUGGUCUCUAGCCAUUGAUCAUUUUUAACGUCUUCAAAAGUUGCAAAUUAAAAAAAAGACGAUGCUAGCUAACGGCAUUCAAAACAAACAAACAAAAUACAUUGCAAUGAAAAGCGUGUAUCUCCAAUUUUGUUGUUUUAUCCUAAGAAUGGUUUGUACUUUGUUUUCAGACAAUAAAAUUCACACAAAAAAUGUUGGAACACAUAAAAUGCCAAAUUUUGUAAAUUGGUCUCCGUCUACAGAAUUUUUCAAGUUUUAGUUUUAUACCAAAAUCAGGGGGAGGGGAUUAUUGGACAAGAACAAUAAUGAAAUGUGACAAUAUAUGGUUUUCAAGAGAUAGCGACGUAAAUAUCACAAAGCAAAAUUUGUGAAUGGGUCUCUCAUUUUUAAUGAAUCUUGUUUAGUCACUAAAAAUGUAUUUAUUGAAUUUAAUAAACGCUAGCUAGCGGCAUAAAAAAAAUGUCACGUCACAAAUAACUAUUUUAAGACAAGAAAUUUGUGGAUACAUGGCUUUCACUAGAUAGCGAGGAAAUGUCAGAUAGUAACAUUUGUAAAUUGGACUCCGCGUGGAAACAUUAGUUUGUUGUCAUUUUAACGAAUUGUGUUCAGUCAUCAAACCUAUUUAUUGAAUACAAGCUAAAGCUAGCUAACAUCAUUUUCAAUAAGCACAAAAACGAAGGAAAAAACAAAAAACAAAAGCACCAAGCUUAUUUUGCUGUUGUUUUUAACAAGAAAAAAAAAAUCACAAUUUGGAGAUACGUGGUUUUGGGUGGAGAGCAAGGAAACGCCUCAUACUGUAUCGGGAAAUUUCUAAAUUGGAUGCAAACUUUUGUCGGCAAUUAAACGGGCUAGUAGGCCUAUCCCAAUUUUCCUGUCCACACUCCACACAUUUGGCCUUGUAAAAAAAAAAAAAAAAAAAUUAUUAUUUUUUUUUUUUGUAAAUGAGUGUGAUCACGUUGUUGUUUGUUUACUGUACAGAGUUGAUCCUUCUCUUAGACUGCAACUGUGAAUGUGCGAGUCCAUUGUGGCUUUUGCCCCCGCCCCCGCCUCCUUCACAGAAUUUGCAUUGCUAGCAUACGUAGCCGCGCAGUACACACGCGUAGACGUGAGAAAACUGGAAACGACACAGUGCCUUUGAAUAUGACCACAAUGGCGUGCAUUCCCAUUUCUCUCUCUCUUUCAUUGUUGUUUUUUGUUUAUUUAAUAUUCGUGUUUUGUUGACAAUAUAAUAUUCCAAAAUAGAUGCAUCUUGUAUAUGUGAUGGGUUCUUGACACUGUCCCUCCGUGGAAGGAGAAUUCUUCUGAGUCCUGUUUUUUUUUUUUUUUUUUUUUGUGGGUACCUUCCAUCCAUUUAUUGCAUUACACUUAAAGGUGUAUCUGAAUAAAUUACAAUAUUGUGGAAAACUUUCUUUCAGUAGUUCAAUUUAAAAAGUUAACUUGUAUUUUUUGGAUGUUUGAAAAGCCACUGAAAACAAGUGAGCUACGUCCAUUUUUGUCAUUUUGCAAUGCGGUGUUUUAAAGUGGAAUGACUGCCACCCAAAUGGCCGCCACAAGUUUAUUGCAAUAGUGGUCCAAGUCCAAACAAAAAUAAAAAAUUAUUUUGAUGAUUAUAGCACCAUCCUAACAAAUUACAAUAUUUCUAUAGAAACAAAAUCAUUUUUAGGUAGGAAUUAGCUUUCCAAAAAGAAUGUUUCUGCGUAUAAUGAAUCCAUAUAACAUAUGAGCUACACUUUUUUUUUUUCAUUGAACAUAAAUUAACUCUUUACCAUAUUGUAUUUUUAUUUUUUUUAAAUACACCUGUUAAGAGUAAAUAGGAAAGUUAAUACAAAAACUAAAACAAAAUGCUCAAUGAGUAUUACAGGCUUUUAGACCCAACCUUUCUUUGACUUGUUCUUCCUUCAAUAAAAAUAGAUAAGUGUCUACUUAGCGACUUGCAACAGGACCAAGACGCAUCGCUACUUUCUGCUCAGGUCUCAUUUUUAUCCCCACAUUUUGAAUCAUCUCCACUUUUGUCAGAAUCCAGCAUGCAAAAACAAACGCGAGAGCGAUGACGUUGUCACUGCAGCCAGGCUUCAUUGGUGUGUUUGUGUUCAUCUUCUUGGUUUGGGCCAAGUGUUGCGCCAUUUGUGUCUCCCAAGUGUUUCAUUGGUUCUCGCUUCACAUCACCUCUGAAAAUGUCAUUGA